CCGCGCACCGGACGUGUGGCCGUCGAGCCGGAGGCCUCCCGCACCGUCCGUUCCGUUCCCCAUGCGCGGCCGUGCUUCACAUGGCCCUGCCUGCCGCCGGAGGAAGCCAAACCCAACCCGUUCAUCUCCACCACGCAAUCAAUCUCGCCCGCGCGCGCCUCCAUAAAACCCAGCCGCAAGCACCACCGGCGUCAGCAGCAGUGUCCAGUAACGAGUCUCAAGUCACGUCUGAACCCAGAAGCUCCUGCCAGUGCCAGCGGCAGACAGAGACCAUGCUCGUCAGGAGCUCCUCCACGCCGGUCCUCGGCGCGCUGCACGCCUCGUCCGGCGGCCACUCCCCGGCCGUCCACCUCGCCGAGUCCUCCCCGACGGUCGCCUACCACCCGCCCGCCAUCUCCUGCAGCCUCUCCAGCUCCGGCGGCGGCGGCGGAUCCGACCACGAGCGCUCGCGCGGCAGCACUGGCGGCGGGGGCCUUCGCCGGGCCUGCUCGGACGGCAACCUCUCAUCCCUGGGCGGCCGGGCCGACGACCACCACCGCUCCAGGCCGGCGCCGCUCGAGACGAUCCAGUCCUUCGCGGCCCGCGACGGGUCGUGGGACGAGGAGGACGACGAAAACGACAACGCCGACACCGACACCGACCAGGAGAUGAGCUUCGGGAUGUUCGGCGCCGUCACCAGCGGCACCACCACGUACACGCAGGAGCACCCGCUGUUCCUGGCGAGGGGUCUGGGGAUCGACCGGCUCGGCUCGGGCCUCCUCCUCACCGACGACGGCGGCAUCAACGGCGGCGCCGGUGGCACCUACCUGGUGGCCUCGGGCGGCGGCGGGUCCGGCAUAGAGGCGCACUACAAGCAGCUCAUCGAGGAGGACCCCUGCAACGGCCUCUUCCUCCGCAACUACGCGCAGUUCCUCUACCGGGUCAAGGGGGACCGCCGCAGGGCGGAGGAGUACUACUCCCGCGCCAUCCUCGCCGACCCCGACGACGGCGAGCUGCUCUCCGAGUACGCCAAGCUCGUCUGGGAGGUGCACGGGGACGAGGACCGCGCCUCCGGCUACUUCGAACGGGCCGCCAGGGCCGACCCGCACAACAGCCACGUCCUCGCCGCGCAGGCCGCCUUCCUGUGGGACACCGACGACGGUGCUGGCCCUGAAGAGACGACGAUGAGCUACACCGGGUUCGCCGCCGCCGCUGCUCGGUCAUCCAUGGCUUCGGCGACGAGCUGAAUCUUGCUGCUGCUGUCCUCUCACUGAAGCUGACGUUGAUAGGCGGAGCUCGUGUUCUUCUUGUUUCAGUACUGUAGACUCCCAAUAAUUGUAGCACCUCAUCAUGGCCAUGGCCAUGGCCAGCCUGUGUGUACUGCUUACUGUAGCCAACAAGAUUCUCCUGUCAUUUCUAUUUCUAGUGCUGCAUUCCUUCGGAAUCUCA